AUGUUCGUGGGCUACGAAGAAGUGUCGAAGGCGUAUCAAGUUUAUGACGUUGAGGCGGGGAAGAUGGUCGUCAGUCGUGAUGUCAACUUCGACGAAUCCACCUUUGGACUUCCACCACCGAUCACUGAUGAAGGUGCCGAUGACCUGGACUUCGAAUUGCUGGAUCUUGAUGACGAAGAGCUGCGUCAAAUGGAGUACAAGCAAACAGGCAAGCGCAAGAACCGACUCAAUGAUGAAGAUACAGCAGCUCCACGACCGCGUGCAGUGCGUCAACGACCAGGACUAGAAGAGUCAAGCGCGCCGGAAAACAACUCGUCACGCCAAGAAGAAGACGAAGAAACGAAGGAUUCUGGUGAUUCAACACCGCCUGUGUUUUGGCGUGCGAGUGCAAAUGCCGUUGAAGCAGCAUUAAACUUAUCAGAGCCCUCAACAUUUGAAGCAGCAGUAAGCGGCCCUGACCAAGCGCACUGGAGAAAAGCAAUUCAUGCAGAGCUCGAGUCAAUGCGACUUCGCGGUGUGUUUCGUGCAGCCAAGCUGCCCAACGGACAACGCGCCAUUGGCACAAAAUGGGUGUUCAAGAUCAAGCGCAAGGCGGAUGGGUCAAUCGAGAAGUACAAGGCACGACUUGUGGCCAAGGGUUUCCGCCAAAAGUACGGCAUCGACUACACAGAGACAUUUUCGCCUGUGGUCAAGUAUGUGACGCUGCGAAUGGAACAAGUGUUCUCUGUGAUUCCUGAAGGCGUCAACCUUGAUACGUCGUACUUCGACCCAUGUCUCUACAUCAAGACUUCGGACGGCCAUUGUGUGCUUGUACUGGUCGACGUGGAAGACGUCUUGGUGACUGGAAGCUCGCUCGAGCUAAUUACACGAAACAAGAACGACCUGAAGACACGUUUUGAGAUGACAGACAGCGGCAAAUGUGCAUUUGUUCUUGGGAUCGAGCUUUUGGACGGUGAAGGUGGCAGUGUGACUCUGUGUCAGCGCCAUUAUGUCGAUGAUAUCCUCAAGCGCUUUGGAAUGGAGGAGUGCAAGGCUGUGGCGAGUCCUGUGGAUGUCAGUUCUCGACUGAUGUCAAGCAGCACUGCGAGCAAGAUCGAUGUUCCAUUCCGUGAAGCUGUUGGUGCUUUGAUGCAUCUGACGACUGCAAAACGACCGGACAUUGCCUAUGCUGUGAGCUUUGUGUCGCGCUUCAUGAAGAUUCCCCAAGAAGAACACUGGGUUGCGGUCAAGCGCAUCUUUCGCUACCUAUAA